GCGGCCUGGCCAAGCAGUUGUGUACAGCUUUUGCCUUCCUACAACCAAGUUAGCGCCACAGGCAACGGCCAUCGCGAACCCUUCGCCUCACAAAAGAACUUUACUCAGCUCGGCCAGCUGCAUCCAGUGUUUUAACAGGAGAAGCCUUGCAACGUCGGGCUCAAAAUCUGGCCAGCGGCUGCAAAAGCGAGGCGUUGGUCGUCAUCCGCAGACGCACUAAGCGAGGCGAUAAGGAAACGGGAGGGCCUGAAAGACUAUAGCACUUGGCACAGAAGACCAACAGCCUGCAGUCUUCAACUGCGGCUGGUUGCUGCUGCAUAAGGCCGCUCUUACAACAUCGACACAUUCCGCUCUACAGCCGUUGUCAGCGCGACUGCGGGCGCCAGCAGUCCGGGGCUGAAUACAUAAAACAGCGUGUUAGCAGUCCAGGCUCGGGCCAGCAAACCGCCAACACGCCAAACCAUGGGUGCCGCAGACCCGCAAGCCCCAAACACGCCCGUGCGCCAGUCCUUGGCCGGCUCGUCAAUGAAGGGCACCCCACAGGGCCUGCCUCCCAAGCACCGCAGCUCGGCACCGGGCAACCAGGCUGGCAAGCCGGAACUGCGGCCAUCCGCGCCCGCGCCGUCCUGCCCGCCGCUCCCCUCUGCAAACGUCAUUUCCGCCCCCCAGAACUUCGUGGCGGCGAAGCCCGCCAGCCACAGCAACAGCGGACAGUUGGAGCGGUUGCCGUCUGUGGAGCACAGCAGCAGCAACGGCGUCAGCGUGCCAAUGUCGGGCGCCUCCCGACCCACAUCGGCGGCGGUGAACGGCAAACCCACAUCGGCCUUCGUAGCCGUCACCAGCUCUUACAGGGUGAAUGUUGAUGAGAAGCUCCGACAUGGCCGCCCCGAGACCAUCCCCGAGGUGCGGCAGCACGUCAACCACGUGCAGGCCAUGGCGUUCGCCAAGGAGACGGAGAAGCUGGCGGACGAUGUGAUGGUGCUCAAGCGCGAGCGCAACAGCCUGCUCAGCGACAAGCAACUGCUGCUGGUGAACAAGCGGCGGCUGGAGGCGGUGCUGGCCAAGAUCCUGGGUCUCAAGGGGCUGGAGGGGCUGGAGGACGACGACCCGGGCGCCGCCAAGGGCAAGGCCGGCAGCAACGCCAUGAAGGCCAAGAUGCUCAAGGUGCUGGACGACUCCAAGGCGCUGGACAACAAGCUGAGCGCCAGCGGCGGCGCGGCGGCGGGCAUGACCAUCAUGGAGGCGGAGGCCACCAUGCUGGAGAUGCACAGCCGCCUGGCGGACCGUGAGUCGACCAUCAACAAGCUGGAGGGAGAGCUCAACUACCGCAAGACGCAGGCCGCGGCGCAGGCGACCAGCCUGCAGAAGCAGCUGGCGGAGGCGCAGGCGGAGGCGGCGGGGCUGCGCGUGCGCAAGGCGGAGCUGGAGGGGCAGCUGGAGGCCCAGGUCAGCGAGCUGAGCUCCAAGAUUGCCAAGCUGACCUCCCAGCUGGAGGCCACCAGCACCAAGCUGACCUCCGACACGGCUGCGUUCACCGCCUCCAUCGAGGCGCUGAAGAAGCAGGUGGCGAGCCUGGAGGCGGAGAAGGCGGCGGCGGUGGCGCGCAUUGCCGAGCUGGAGGCAACCAUAGCGGUGCGCGACGCCACGGUGUCGGAGCUGACCGCCGAGAAGAACCGGCGCGCGGUGGAGGACGCGAAGCGGGCGGAGGCGGAGGCCAAGGCGGCGGCGGAGGCAGCAGCCAAGGCGGCGGAGGAGGCCGCGAAGGCCGCGGAGGAGGCGGCCGCGAAGGCGGCGGCGGAGGCGGAGGCGGCGCUGCAGGAGGCCAUGAGGCAGGCCUUUGCGGUCGAGGCGCAAACCGCCGCCAUCGCGGACACGUCCUCCAUCGCCGUAGCGCUGCACAUCGAGGCUGAGGCCGUGGCGGCGGCGAUUGCAGCGGAGGAGGCUGCUGCUGCGGCAGCUGCCGCGGCCGAGGCCGCUGCGGCGGCCGAGGCUGCUGCUGCGGAGGAGGCUCGCAUGGCGCCCGCGCGUGAGGCGGCGGUGGAGGAGGCCGCAGCCGUCGCGGUGGCAGUGGCGGCUGACGCUGCCGCCGACGAGGCGUUCGCACAGUUGGCCAUCCGGUUGGAGAGCGAGCGCAACGCGGAGCUGGUGGCGGCCCGGGCUCGGCUGGCGGCGCUGGCAGCCACCAUCACCGACCUGGAGUACAAGGUGUCGGCAGACAUUAAGGAGUUUGCGGCCAAGUCGGAUGAGCUCCUGAACGCCAAGGAGGAGGCGCUGACGGCGGCAAAGAAGAAGGCGGCGGAGGAGAAGAAGGCGCUGGAGAAGGCCGCGGCCGAGGUCAAGGCGGCGCUGGAGGCCGAAAAGGCGGCGCUGGAGGCUGAGAAGGCGGCGGCGGAGGAGCGGGCGGCCAAGCUGGGCAAGGAGAAGGCGGACCUCAGCGGCCGCGUCACGGAGCUGGAGGCGGCGCUCAAGGCCAAGGCCGCGCAGAUCAAGCAAAUGGAGCAGCAGCUGAUGGCCCUGGAGCGCGACAUCAAGGACCUCACGGCGCUCAUGAACCAGAAGAAGGGCUUCUGCGGCUGAGCCUGCGGCCGAGCCUGAGGAGUGACGCCAUAACGAGUUUGGCGCUGAAACAUGGGACCGUAACCGCGUGCUGGGGACUACGCGCGAGAGGAGGACGCGCCAGACAGCGGUGGCGGGCGGUACUUGGUGGUGGCGCCGUGGGUCAGUUCGGCACGACACCACAGCCGUCUGCAGAGGCGGCAAGUUGAAUGCGGUCAGUAUCUCGAGAACAUCGAGGCAGGAACUGCCUGCAGGCGGGUCUCGUUGAGAAUUGUGUGGGGCGGUUGCCUGAAACAGCAAGCGAGGGGGCGCAGCUUGCGCAUACGCAGGGCUGUGGCAGCAGAAAGGCACGCUAAAGCGGGAGCCUGAACAAAGGCAGUGAUGCGAGAACGCCUCAGGAGGCCAGUGCGCGAUCUAUGGCAUGCAUGCGUGCGCGUGCGACGUGUGACCUGGAAUGCGCAAACUUGUGCCUUUUCACAUUUUGUCGACUAGUUGCCUGAUACGAUAUUGGAGUCUUUCAUGUUCAACAGGUGCAGCCAGUUGCUGCGCGGCGAGCGUGGACUCACCGCCGUCUAGGCGGCACAAGACUGCACAUAUGGUGUUUGGUGCGGAUGCAAACGAUUGUGCGAUAUGCAGCGCACUCUUGCUUAUAGGGCAUCACGUGGUGCUGGAAUGCAUCGACGAGACUCCACGGAGAGUCCAAUUGUUCCACUCUUGACAGCAUCGUGUGACGUGCAGGCUUGGAACUUGUCGAAGUACUUAUGAUGUUUUCCCGGCGCUGCGGCCAUGCCUGUGCGAGUAGCGUGCGCAAGCGACCGACUAUGGGCGUGUCGUACGGCAGGGGCUAGUGACUGGCGUUGGGCGUGCACAGCCCAUAAGGCGCUUUGUGGUAUGAAGAAGCAUAUAAAAGUAAAGCGUUGAGCAGGUAGGCAGAGAUGCGUGCAACACAGCGUCACAGGUGGGGCAAAGCGUGCGGGCUCUUUGCGUGCCCAUAAAUUGCGACGAUGCGGCGCAGGGGGAUUGGCGGGUGGAAGUUGUUGAAGGACAGGGUGCAUACUUGGUUUGGGUUGAGGUACCGUAUUUGCAGGGAUUCAGCUAAUGAAGGACAGACGGGUGUUGAGGAUGACGCGGGCACUGGCGGGGCCGUGCCGGGCCUCAUCUCCUUGCUGCGGUUCGUCGAGGACGUUUGGCCCCUUAGGCACGGAGUGUGCAUGCGCCGGCCUACGGCAUUGGUGGUACAUGGUCUAUAGCAGCCAAUUGCUGCCCGCCGCCAGGCGCACGAUGUGAUACGUUAUUGAGUUGUGGAGGUUUAUAGCGGGUGGGUUAUUGUUUGGCGCGUGGCUUUGGGAUGAGGAUACAGUAUGCGCCUCAGUUCGUCACCAACCACAAUCGGAGUAUAGAGUGCCCAAGUAGAGCGAGUAGAGUGCUGCUCAGAUGCUGCUCCUGGCUGCUCAUGGUGCUGCUCCGCAGCCGCGGUUACUAUAUGUGCCCUUCUUAGUCGCUGGGGCGCGGCGGUAGUAGCGGCCCUGCUUCGUAAAACGCUUUGCUGGCACUUUUAAGUGCGUUAAAUGCGACGCGGGAUGGCUUUGUGAGAUGUGCUAAGGGGAGCUGUAACCACAUUGAUGA